AUGGCAACAGGUUUUUGUAAAUUAUCAACAUAUUGUCGACACCUAACGGAAAAACAGUGUUUAACAUCGUCAAUGACUAUACGUGAAAAAGAUAAUAAUUCAAUUAACAAUGGAAAUUCUACAAGUCGAUCAAAUAGUUAUUCAAAACGAACUCGGUCAUCAUCGAGACACACGACUUCGAACACAAAAGAAAAUGUCCGAAAAAAAGAGUGA